AUGGACAUUCUGGUGCACAUAGUUGAGGAGGAGGUGUUGAAGCUCCUGCCAGCAGUUGUUUUGCACCGCCGCAUCAGAGUUGUGUGCAGGCGGUGGAGGGAUCUCGUAGACUCACCAAGAUUUGGAAAGUCUCAUUCAGCGCACCACUCUAGAAACAAGCAGAUUUACCCUCCUCCUCAUGUCUUGGGAGUAACUUCUUUUGGUAAGGGAGUGUAUCGGUGCAACCCGUUUGUUGCUGGAUCUCAAACACAGAAGGGUUGGGUCCGUCAGGAUGUUUACAAUCACAUCAGGGUUUUCAAGGCCUGUGGUGGAUUGCUGUUUGGACAGAUGGGCAAUGACUAUGUUGUUCUCAAUCCGCUCACCACAGCUCUCAAGGUGCUCCCGCCGCCGCCCCUGAAAGUAGUAAUAGUAUGGCGUUCUGCCCUGGUUUUGGAACCGUGUAUGCAGGGUUACUGGAUUUGUGUAGCGGAUAACAAAAAAAAGCAAUUGCUGGUAUAUAGCUCAAGAUCAGGAGUGUGGGACAAGGUGGAUUACCUUCCUGGCUGGAAUCGCCUCGAAAAUGGAGUUGGGAUGGCCAACAGCAACGCUUAUUUUCCAUGCGAACAUGAAUGUAUGUGGGGGGCUUUGAGCUUCAACAUGGAAGAAAUGAGAUGGACUGUUGAGUGGUCAUCUUUCAUGGGCCAUUCCCCUGUUGAAGCUUGCUGGAAUGUGUACAAUUGGGUGGUAACACCGGCAACACAGUUUUUCAAGGUGGCUGUGGUAAACGACUUUGGGGUUCGGAAGAUGAUGCUGGUAAGGUUGGACUGUGCAUCAAAGAGAUUUGUUGAGGAGACAAGCUUUCCUUACAACGCGGGCCACAUUGCUCUUCUUCCAAUCUGUUUUUACGAAGGCACCUUAAUGAUUCCGGAUAAGUAUAAGCUGUUUUUUCUGGAUUGUGAGAGUAUGGCCUGGAGUAGCAUUCCACUUCAGAAUCCUUUACUUCUGAGAUCCGUUUGUCUUUGAAGCGUUUUUUCUUACCUGUACCUGCAAAUCCCAAAGUAAAUCCCAAAGUUACCAUAGCCAUGUCAGAUUUUCUGACCAGCCAACACGGAUUUACAUGCGAGCUUGAAAAAGCAAGGCUCUUACCUCGUCAGUCCACGCUUUUAACGUUCUUGGCAUCCCGUGCUCGACCAUGUCCCGUGCAAAUCGAGAGCCAAGCCGUAGAACGAGAGGAGCCACAUGCACAGAGUUCCGAAAGAAAAACACGAAAAACAAGACCACCGCUGUUGAAAACCAGCUGAGUCGAUGUCUAUCAAGGUAGUCAGGAGUUUCACGGCCUGUAGGACACUGGUCUCAGCCAAAUGAGCUCACGGCUGUUUGCCGAGGGAUAGAAAAAACAAAUCAUUCGGUGGAUCGAUGGAAACAAUAGCUAUAUUACCUGAAUACAAAGCCACGAUACAAUCCCCCAUUAGAUCUCCACCGCCUGUGUUCGUGGACAACUUCUCUCGCAAAAUCUCCGAACGAGCUACCUGCGAGAAAAGAAGAGAAAAGAUCGCCAGUAUAUUCUCCAUGUAUGUUUAUUCUUCGAAUAUUCAUGCAAUAAUGCAACCUCAACGUGGAUAUAAAAAACGGAGGCAGAGUUUCCAUUGUUUCCAGCAUGGAGCGAUCAAGAGCUUGUCGCCCAAAACGAUUUGCGCGGCUUUUAACGUGGAAGAUGGAGUUGAGAUGCGGUCUCGCAGGACACACGACGCUCUUCUUCCCCACCCAAAUAGCUUACAAACGAAGAGCAGUCAAUGAAAGUCAAUGAAGAGUCAA